GCAAUCUUAAAAUAAUAAGAUGUGUGUACGUAUGUAUUGUGUAUAAUACAAAGUAAAAAAGUACACAAUAUCAGUAAAUAUGUGAUAUGUGAUAAGAAGUGGGGGAAGCCUUAUCAGAGACACGAUGAAAAUAUUCCUCUUAAUUCAGUUUGCUGCAUUCCGCCAACCAAUUCUCCGUAGAUUCGCAUCGUAUUUCACAAUGCCGAAACUACCAUUCACAUAUAAGGGUCUUAUCACCCCUGUAUUUACGCCAUUUAAUAGUGACAGCGCCAGAUCAUUAAACUUGCCAAUCAUAGCUCAAUACGCACAGUAUUUAGCUAAGAAACAAGUGACCGGUGUUCUCGUGAAUGGAACAACUGGGGAAGGUCCAUCUUUGUCUACAAAUGAACGAAAAUUAGUUGCUGAAGCUUGGGCGAAUGCCGUGAGAACUACGAAUCAACAUUUGAUGAUUCAAGUUGGUGGAACAAAUCUACCAGAUGUUCUCGAACUCGCAAAACACGCGGAAGGAAUUAAAGCGGAUUCCAUCCUCUGUCUACCGGAACUAUAUUUCAAACCAGCAACACAGGAAGAAUUGAAAGAUUAUUUAAAAUUAGUCGGUUCCGCAGCUCCAAAUACGCCUCUUUUAUAUUACCAUUUCCCAGACAUGACUAAUGUCACUUUCCAUAUGGGACAGUGUCUCCAGUCACUAGUUGGCGACGAAAUUCCAACUUUCGCUGGAAUCAAAUUUACAAGUCCGAAAUUGGACGAAGGCGCUCAAGCGUUUCGCGUGAAUAACAAAAAAUACGCGGUAUUUCUUGGAAAUGAUCAGUUAAUUACCGCUGCCACCGCAUUAGGAAUGGAUUCUUUCAUAACUACGACUUCCAAUCUGUUCCCCGAAAUUACUCUUGAAGCUCUUAAUGAAGGAAAACUAGGCAAUGUUUUAAAAUCCAGAGAGAAACAAGAAUCUUUGUCAAAAAUGAUGUUCACAAUUUCAAAAUACGGUAAGAAUACAAUAGACUAAAUAGAAUGAACG